GCGGUGCGCCUCGGCCGCGUUCCGACGAGGCAGCGCGCACUCGCCAGUGUUGACACCAGGCGGAUAUGCGGCGAUGCUCUUGCGUGUGAAAGCGUCUGCAGCGGUCCCUAAGCAGCUACUGAGAGAUAUCCCCUCGGACGACAGAUUAGGACGAGGAGGAGGAGGAGCGAACGGCAUCUGUAAGAAAAAAAAACCCGGUGUCUUUUGGUCCAUCGUGUCCGCUCGGCGGUAGCGGCCCGUCGAUCCUCAGAGGAAGCCGGGGGCUGGAUUUGACAUAUCGCAGGGAUGCAUUGAAAGCUUGAUGAUGAAAGGAGGAAGAGAAGGAGAAAAGUGGAGCGAGCCCUUCCUGGUCCAGGAGAGGUUUUAAUUAGACCCUCACAAAACCAGUGACGUUUGAGGUCAGGAGGUCAUGGCAGUGCUGACAGAGAUUCAUCUUCAUCACUCCCCAUUACUGCAGAUGGAUGCCCACCUCCUGCACGCCUGAACCUGCACUCAGUGCUGCCUCCUUCCCCUCCUCUCCUUCUGCUUCUCCUUACUCAUUUCUUCCUCCACCUUCUUCUUCCUCAUCCAGCAGCCACUUGUCCUCCUCUCCCCUCAUUUCACCUCCCAUCCCUCCAUCCGGUUUCCCCACCUGGACUUUCACCGUCUCUGUCCAGUCAUCUGCCUCAUUAUGGCGUGCUGUGGCCGCUCUCUGGACUCCCCGUGCACUCUAGCGUUGCUGGUCGGCUUCCAGUUUGCCUUUGUGCUCUAUUUCUCCCUCGGGGGCUUCAGGGGUCUCGUUUCUGUGCUGGUGCACACCACAGAGCCCGAGUUCGAUUACUCUCGGCCUCAUGACGUCUACACCAAUCUGAGUCAUCUGGGAGCCCCGCCUCCCCCGCCUCGCAACUCCGGCACAGGACCCCCUGCCACUGGACCACCGUUGAGAGACUGUCAGAUCCCCUCCCCACUGCUGGUUGGACCCGUGUCCGUCCAUCUUUCCUCUCCUCUGUCGAUGGAGGAGAUCAGACAGAGGAAUCCAUUAGUGUUGCCAGGGGGACGUUACCGGCCUCCAGACUGUGAACCCCGUCACCACACGGCAAUAGUGGUGCCAUACCGGAACCGACAGACCCACCUCCGCGCCCUGCUCUACCACCUCCACCCCUUCCUGCAGAGACAGCAGAUCCACUACAGCAUCUACAUAGUGCAGCAGUGGGGGAAUGGUACUUUUAACCGAGCCAAGCUGCUGAACGUCGGGGUGCGGGAGGCCCUCAGAGAUGAAGACUGGAGCUGCAUCUUCCUGCAUGACGUUGACCUGCUGCCUGAGAAUGACCACAACACCUACACCUGCCACAGACAGUUCCCCACACACCUGUCUGUGGCCAUGGACAAGUUCAGAUACAGGCUGCCGUACCCACAGUAUUUCGGUGGGGUUUCUGCAGUGACCCCAGACCAGUAUAUGAAGAUGAAUGGCUUCCCUAACCAGUACUGGGGCUGGGGCGGGGAGGACGAUGACAUCGCUGCCAGCUUUAAUUUUACAUCUCCUAACAUCAUCUUUCAUCUUCAUGCCUCCUCCCAUCGCUGUGGCUUCGCUUUAUGUCUCUUGGAGUGGGCUCGAGUGCGACUGUCUGGCAUGAAGAUUGUGCGCCCUCCAGUGGCCAUCGGUCAUUACAAGAUGAUCAAGCAUAAAGGAGACAGAGGCAACGAGCAAAAUCCACGAAGAUUUGACCUUCUCAAAAGGACCAGACUCAACUGGCGCUCUGAUGGCCUUAACUCCUUGACGUACAAGCUGCUCUCCAAAGAGCUGGAGCCGCUCUACACCAACCUCACCGUCAACAUCGGAGAAGACCCUCGUCUGCCCCCGGGUAAAGUUCUCCCUAUUCCUGUGAAAGCAACAACCCCAGUCCACCAACGUAGCACCAGCAAGACCGGAGGUACGGCCAAACAGGAAAAGAGGCAAGACGGGGCUGUGGCAGCAAAUGUGACUGUGGCCAAGCCGGUCCGAGAAAUGACAGAAAAUUCUCAGUCGAAAAGAUCAAAUCAAACAACACAAGAGAAGACAGGAGUGAUGAAAUAAGAUGUGUUAAAUUAAAAGGGCUGCAUCACAUCUGUAGCAUAAAUUGGCUUCCACCUUCGUUUUGAUCUACAAGACAAAAACAAGGAGGAAAGCAACCAAGACGUGUUCUGUUGUGGGACAGAUUUUGUGCUCAGUGCAGAUUUAGGGAUAGUUAUGCAAAGAAUCAAACGAAGAAGCCACUUUUGUCUAUGGGGGUGCACUCAGGAACACUACUGGGUCACCGCUUGUGGUGACUGACAGAAGUUUGCGGUCGUACUCAUAAUAACUAGACCAGAAACAGAAAGGAGAAUGUCAUAUCAAUGCAGAGGUCCAAAGAAAAACUCAAUGAAAAUGAGACGGCGAAUCUAUAAACCUCUGCACACGGAUGUCGCAAGUUUCAAGCAAACCAUCUGCUGCAAGCAGAACCUGCAGCUUCAUCCAAUCUGCUCCUGAAAAACUGCUGCUGUCCGUCCACCCCACUCCACGGUGGGUUUGUGUUUCCGUGCCUUCUCUCUUUUAUGCGCAUUUUGUAGACUGAUAUAGUUGCUUUUAGACCUUAAAAAAACAAGCAGCGAGGAUAAAGCUGAUCCUGGAUCAGAACAACUGUAUUUGUUCCAGGACUGCCAUUUUAUAUUUGUGUGCAUUGAUCAAUGGUUGACCAACUCCAUAGUUAUUGGACAAUACUAGAGUUUAUAUUUAUAUAGAGAGACUUCUUUAUUUGUUUACUGUUCUGUUUUACUUGUCCUUCUUACAGUCUGGUGCCUCUCUCUGACAUUUAGUUUAUAGACAAUCAAAUUAUAUGGGAAGAUAACUCUGUAUCCAACCACAUAACAAAAUGAGGAAAUAUUAUCAUGACUGUCUUUACGCCUGUCAGAUAAACAUAGACUCGGCAUGAUAGUUGUUGUCUAGUUUGACUAUACUCUUGAUACAUGGAUAGACCUGUGUUUCUGAUAUUAUGUGUGAUUUUAUUAUUUUUCUUUUAGAUUAGUCAGGUACGGGUGAGGGGGGGUUAAAAAAAAAGCAAACUUACAGACAAUAUUGUAGGCAGGUGGCUGUACAUUUGCCAGUUUCCGAUUGUGUUUUAAUAUCUAAAGUGGUCAUGGUUACAUUAAAGCACUGUGCAUAGAUUUAGAUCGGGUUUAAGGCCUGACGACAGUAUAUUGUGACAGACCUCAGUGCAUUUUCAAGCUACAAAUGAGCGUUUGCCUCUCCGUGUAACCUCUUCAUUGGCUAGAGUGAAGCUUUUAGGGAAGGAGACGAGGCGGCAAGAAGCAUGUGAUGGAUUGAAAUGUAAUGCUUUAUGGGCUGCCAAAUCAGGACAUGCAUGUAGGUCAUUUUCAGUUAUCAUCUACUUGUGUAAUCUAACUUCAUUUCUCUGACAUUCUUUUUUUUUUUCCCAAAUAUCGGCCUUUAUGAAUGUAUUCUUUUUAGUGUUCAUCCUAGUUUUACCUUUUGUUUGGGGAGAGCUUAGCGGAGGGGGGACUUGAAUCUGAUGACUAGAUAGGAUUUCUUGCUGCUAUUCGGCUAGGGCAACUGUACAACUAAACUAGCUUAAAAGAGACCUACUGUAACACUAUAGUUUUAUGGUGUGGGAUUGUUUUUUUUAUCACACUAACAAGUAAUGUAUUACUUAGGCUAAUUUGAAUGUAUUUAUUUUAUUUAUUUAUUUAUUGAGUCACACAAUAGAGCUAAAUGUACAGACUUCUGAUCAUGUAGUGCAGAUGUGUUUUCUUCUACAUUGUAGGCCGGAUUAUUAUCCCUUUACACCCAUAUCUUCACGUUUCUUAUGUUAACAUCGUGCCUCAUGGAAGAAAUCCACAGCACCGAAGGAUGGACGGUGUUGCUGCCGGGUUGCAUGUGAGCACCCUCAAGUGGCACAGUCUGGCAUGACGCCAGCCAAGAGGAAACCGAGCACUGAAUGAAACUGCAGUGUUGUGACAUGAAUGUUAAUCAUUAACGUUUGCCAUUCACAGGUUUCAGCCAAUCACAUCUUUGCAUUGCUCUGUGUGGAGGGUUUUUCGUCUACGUAGCAUCACAUGAUCGAUCCUGCUGGUUUAAAGAAGGCAAACAACUUGACUGAUAGAAACAAGAAUUACAUGGUAGAGAGUGUUUUCAUGGAUGGAUAUUGUUUUAUAGAAGGAUUAUAUGUUUACUAUGAAGCAUUGUUUUAAACAAAGAGUGCUGGACUGAAUACAUAGACAGACAAUAAGGCCUAAUUUCUUAGCUUUAUACGACAUAAUUAUUUGAUUGCUUACAAAUAGAUAUUAUCUUCCAUUUAUCAUAUUGCCUGGGACAAAUCCUAUAUGACAUGAAGCAGUGACUCACUGAAAGCUUUUAAGGACAUUAUAUAAUCUCAGCAGAUUAAUCAGCAAACUGUGUGCUUACCUGGAGAUUGUUCUAUAUUUAAUAAAUAGGCUAGUUUUUAUAAAAACAAGAAGGAUGUUUUCACAUAAGUGUUGGAAAUAUUUAAUGUGUAGUUGAAUGCCAAGUCAGUAAACAGGAUUGGGAUUUCAUGGUAAGGUUUUGGUUAUUAUUAUUGAAAAGUUUAUUUCAUCAUGAGAUUAUUCUGUCGUAAACAACACACUUUUUAAGAAGUGUAAAUUUGACUGAUGGGAACCAUCCAGAUAGAUAUUAAUGACAAGUGAGAUAUUACAUUACAUCAUUUGUAAUGCUGGUGAUGCCUGUCAUCAUUUUAGGUUGCCUUAUUUGCUGAGCUUAUGUUGAAAAUGAAAGAUUGUUUGCAUUUGUGUGUGCGUGUGUGUGUGUUUGUUUCAACAGAGCAAAGUCAGUAAAAAAGGCAACAGAAAUAUUGGAACAUGAUAGAUCGUAUUGUGACAGAAAGCAAAUAUGUAUACCAAUAAAAACACGUAAUCAAAACUGA